GGUAUCACGCUGGCGAUGCUGCAGCCAGCGACCUACGCCUUCUAACGCCCUCCCCGUCCCCCGUCUCAUACAUCGCCAUGUUCGCAUCUCUGCGAAAAGCCACCUCUCUUGCGCGGGUCGCGUCUGCCGGUCAGAGGCGCUUCCUCUCGAUUCACGAAUACCAGUCCGUGAAGCUCUUGAACUCCUACGGGAUACCAACACCGAAGAGCAUAUCAGCACAUUCUCCGGAAGAAGCGUUCGAGGCUGCGCGCCAGUUCGAAUCGACCGGCUGUGUUAUCAAAGCUCAAGUCCUCGCUGGCGGACGAGGAAAGGGCAAGUUCGACAAUGGGUUCCAGGGUGGCGUUCAUCUGGUCUCAAGUCCGGAGCAGGCAAAGGAGUUUGCUACCAAGAUGCUUGGGGCCAAUUUGAUCACGAAGCAGACUGGGGCCGGAGGGCGCAUCUGCAAUACCGUUAUGCUUGCUGAGCGCGAGAACGCGUCGCAUGAGUACUAUGUUGCAGUGCUCAACGAUCGUAACACCGAGGGACCCGUGCUUGUGGUAUCUUCGCAGGGUGGCAUGAACAUCGAAGAAGUCGCCGCCAAGGAUCCCAGCGCGAUCAUCACGACGCCUAUCCACUUCGAGAGAGGUCUCAGCAAGUCCGAGGCCUUGGGUGUUGCGAAGAAGCUUGGCUUCAAGAGCGAAGCGGCCAGCAACGAGGCUGCGGACAUCUUUGUCAACUUGUACAAGAUCUUCAAAGAGAAGGACGCGACACAGAUUGAGAUCAACCCGUUGGGUGAGACUGUAGAUGGACGUGUUCUUUGCAUGGACGCGAAGUUUGGCUUCGACGACAAUGCUGACUUCCGCCAAACGGAUAUCUUCGCCUUGCGGGAUAUCACUCAGGAGGAGCCAUCUGAAGUUGAGGCACAGAAGGCGAACCUCAACUUCAUCAAGUUGGACGGCAACAUCGGUUGCUUGGUCAACGGCGCGGGUCUGGCGAUGGCGACUAUGGAUGUCUUGGCACUCCAUGGUGGUAACCCGGCCAACUUCCUUGACGUCGGAGGAGGGGCUACUCCGGAAACCGUCAAGACUGCAUUUGGGAUCUUGCUCGCGGAUCCCAAGGUGAAGAGUAUCUUCAUCAACAUCUUCGGCGGCAUCAUGCGCUGCGAUUACAUCGCCGAAGGCGUCAUCAAGGCAACGAAGGAGCUGGGUCUGAGCAUCCCUUUGGUUGUUCGCCUCAAAGGUACCAAGGAGGCUGAGGCAAAGCAGAUGAUUCGUGAGUCCGGGUUGAAGAUCAUGCCCUUCGACGAGCUAGACGACGCGGCGGAGAGUGCUGUACAACUUGCCAACGCCUAGAGCCUAGAGGAUAGCGUAGUACUGCCGACUUGCAUCUAGAGUGUUGAUGUCUGCCUUCAUAAUUUAUGGGUCUGGAUGUCAAGAAUAGA